GCAGUGACGUACAUUAGUCAAACGCAAAAGGAGUAUGGGAAAUGGUUCAUGGACGCUUUCCUCGUCGCUGAAUUCCUUUAAUAAGUCGUUUCAUUUUGCUUAAAUUUGUGUUGAAAUUUCAAGCCGUGUUUACUUUAUCAGCCAAAUAUGGUGGUCAGUCUCGAGUCAGCUCGGCUCGAAAAACCGACUAGUGGCGAAGAAGACCUUAACGGCAGUUAGCUUGUUAAGCUAGUUUUAGGAUGAUGGACAGCUGAAAACGGACACAAGUACGAUGUAAAUCAUGUACCGUAAGUGAAACGCGAGACCCCAGCCUAGCGAAAGGAGACAUUUCCCCGGUGCCUUUGGCUACACUUGGAAUACGUUAACUAUGAAGAACUGCGAGUAUCAGCAGAUUGACCCGCGGGCGCUGUCGGUGUCACCGCUGUCGGCGCAGAUUCACACCGAGAAGAAGGAACAGCGGCCGCGGAGGAAGUGGGAAGUGUUCCCGGGGAAAAACCGAUUUUUCUGCGAUGGACGUCUCAUUCUAUCUCGGCAUAGCGGCGUCCUUCCUUUGACACUAGGCCUUAUUGUUGUCACGUGUGGCCUUUUCUUCGCAUUCGAUUGCCCCUUCCUGGUGAAGCAUCUGACCGUCUUCAUACCUGUGAUAGGAGGAGCCCUGUUUGUGUUUGUAGUCAUUUCUCUGCUGAGGACGAGCUUUACUGACCCUGGAAUUCUGCCCAGAGCUACCCUAGAUGAAGCUGCAGACUUGGAGAGGCAGAUCGAUUCCUCAGGCUCCUCAACUUAUCGCCCCCCUCCACGUACCAAGGAGAUCCUCAUCAACCAGCAGAUGGUCAAAUUAAAGUACUGUUUUACUUGUAAGAUGUUCCGGCCUCCUCGGACCUCCCAUUGCAGUUUGUGUGACAACUGUGUUGAGCGAUUUGAUCACCACUGCCCAUGGGUGGGAAACUGUGUGGGGAAGCGCAACUACCGCUUUUUCUACAGCUUCAUCAUCUCUCUGUCUUUUUUGACGUCUUUCAUAUUUGGCUGUGUCAUUGCACACAUCACCCUGCGUUCUCAAGCUGGUAAAAGCCUUGUUCAAGCCAUUCAGGAAAGCCCUGCUAGUGUGGUAGAGUUGGUGAUUUGUUUCUUCUCCAUCUGGUCUAUUCUGGGCCUCUCAGGCUUCCAUACUUACUUAGUAGCCUCAAAUCUGACUACAAAUGAAGAUAUUAAAGGUUCCUGGUCUGGUAAAAGAGGCGCAGAGGAGUCUGGGAACCCGUACAGUUACAACAACAUUAUAACCAACUGCUGUGUCACGCUGUGUGGCCCUCUGCCCCCAAGUCUGAUUGACAGAAGAGGCUUCGUUCCUCCUGACGAGGUGGUGCCUGCAGCGUCUACUGCCUCCCAGAUGGAACUGCCUCACUUUUCAACCAAGAAUGACGUCAACAUGUGCACUCAGAGCACCAAGGAUGUCUUGGAGAGGAUGAUCAACUCUGGAUCCCAGACUUUGUGCUCUCCGGGACCCCCAAAGACCACCCCACUGGUCCAGGGGCUUCCCAGCACCGCGGCACUGUCCCCUGAGCCUCCCCCUUCUGCUGGCUGCUCGGGACCGCUCGGCCGGCGGCCCACGGAUUCCCGCUGCCCGCUCUUCAGCAGAAGCAGCGAGAAGGAAUCGCUGCACUCCAUCAAUCCCGCUUUCCGCCUGGCUUCCCCCUCGCCGUCGGUGACUCGCACCGCUAAGACUCUGGGGGGCGCAGCUGACGUCAGCUUCAUGCCGCUGCAGCCGGGGAGCGUUGGGGACGAGGCGCCAUAAACAUCGUGCCUUCGCCUUCAUCGCCCGGCAUCUUUUAUUUUUUUUAAACACUAACUUUCCCACAGCUGGAUGACUUGGUGAACAUAGGAAGCACAAUAUGUUUUUAUUUUUUGAAGAUCUCUCCUAGUGCAGAAGCUCAGUGUUGAAGCUCCCGGUAACACUUUAUGCAAACAUUUAAAUCUGGGAAAACUUGUCGUUAGACUUGAAUGCUGUGGCACAGAGAAGCUGCUGAGUUAGACGGGCAUCCUCUGGAACAGUAGCCAUCCAAGUGAAGACUUAGCUUUUUUAUAUUGUCUUGUCUGCUCGUCUGAAUUCCUCUGGGCAGGUUUGGUUUGACAGGAAAUAAGUCAGUAACCUGUUCGAUACAGGCGUAGACUGGUGCAUAUCUUUGUGAUUUGUGUCAUUUUACAGAAGUAACUGGAGUAUGCAGUUAAUGGAAAGCAUUUUAGAGGUGGUGUUUGUGCUGAAAAAUGUGAGCUUUUUGUCUUAUGUACAACAUUUAAAUUCUUACUACUUUGUUUUUUCCUCACUGAUGCACUAUUUACUUUAAAAUGGUCUGUUGGAAUUAUUCAUUAGCUUUUUUUUUUCUUGUACAGCACAGGCUUUUCCUGCCAGAUGGUUGUUCUGUCUGCUGUAAGGUAAUAGUUUGGCCUCUAGGGGGCAGGUUAUGAUUAUUAGUGCUUCACCAAGGUGGGCUGCUUUUUAUGUUAUUUAUUUACUGUACCUAUGUGGGGAAAGGUCACUGGUUUGUCUGCUGUGCCACAAGCAGAGCUCGUACGAACAAAUGUGUUCAUAUUUUGCUGUGUAACAAUGGAACAUGAAAAUAAAUAAUUUUUUAAAAACC